AUGGCGGAUGAUCUGCCCUCGCCUGCCGAUGACUAUUUCGUCGAGCCCAUCAAGCGGGCCAGUCAGGCCUGUGAGAACUGCCGGCGCAAGAAGUCGCGGUGCUCAGGCGAGAAGCCGCGGUGCUCACUCUGCUCGCGUCUCAGGCAGCGAUGCAUCUAUUCCCUGACAGGGGCGACUCCGAACAGAGGGGUGCGAGGUCGAGGCCGCAAGUCUCGCUCACCAUUCGCCUUUGCGCAGAGGCCAUCAUCCGAGGCGAACCGACUCAACGCAGUCGAGAACAGACUUUGCGAGUUGGCACAGGCUUUGGGAGCCAGAGGCAUUGUGAGCUUGAGAGAUGGAGAAGGAGGUCCGCGUCGCGUAGAUGAGACAUCUUCCCUCAGCUCAAUUUCUCCCUCUAGCACUCUCCCCAGGACCACAAGCGAACUCGAUAUCCCUGACGAGAUCCAAGAAGAAGGUGUUUUACUCUACUUCCGGCAUUUCUACAACCAGCCUUACCCCCUUUUAUCGGAAGCGAGCGACAACCCGCAAGUUUUGAGGGCUGAGUACCCGAAACUCGUGUUGUUCCCUUUGCUCGCUCUCAGCUUGCGUACCUGUCAAAACUCGUUCUUCCACACAAGAGAGGCCGUUGCCGAGACCUGUGAAGCGUUGGCAGAAGCGGCCUGGAACCUCUUGACAGCCCAAUAUUCCAAAUUCGAGUUUGAUUUGGCUUACUUCCAGGCGCUCUGCUUACUGGCCCAGGUUGAUUUUGCCACCGGCAAACCGCAUCGAGCCCAAGCUCAGGUCGCUCUUGGGUUGAGGCUCGCUCAGACACGGGGUCUACUUGGUAAAGAAGAUACCGAAUUGUUAGAAGAUCGCCUGUCGCUCGGCUGGCGUUCGGUCGUGUGGACGCUGUUUAUGAUGGAUCGUAUUUUCACGGGCGCGGGUGUGAGAUCUUCCUGCGUCCCGGCAACCUCAUUUCAGCUCUUCCUGCCGCAAUGCUCUGCCCCGCACCCCGAAGGCUCUUCUGGCUCUAGGGACAUCACGUUGCCAAUCUCGCGUGGGGGCGUAUUGCAGACCGGGGCCUUUGACGUCGUUGCUUGCAGUAUCGCACUCCUUGAUGUAUGGCAUACCGCCCUCAUGGACGUUUUCGACGAGGGUUCCUCUACCCCUGUUCCCUUCUGGAGGAACGACUCUGCACAGGCGACCAUCGAGACCCGUUUGAUGGAGGUCGAGAUGAAAGCUCACCCGCACCGCUACACCAAGGUUGGGUCGCCUCGCCGGGUUGUGGAUGAGCCUCAUCUACGCCCCUACUUUUCUGCCUGGGUGGUUCUUCAGAUACUAUAUUCAGCUACGCGAUGUCUCCUUCAUCAUCCCUUCGUCCUGUUCAUGAAGACCCGUCACCGGCACAACCAAGUGCCUCUCACAACCUUGCAAAAGUCGCAUCAGCAUUCCAUGAUCCACUCGAGCUGGGUGAUACGGCAUAUCAUUGAGAUGGAAGGAGCGGGUAUGAGUGUGUACGAUCCCUUCAUGGGCUACCUUGUUGCACUGGCAGCCAGCAUCCAGCUGGAGCACACUAUCAACGACAACCCAAAAGUUGCAAAUGCCGCCCGCCGCAAGUACGACAAGGCGCAUGCCUAUCUCCAAAGGAUGGCCAAGAUAUGGCCCAAUAUGAGGAAUAGUCUGAGCGUUCUGGAUGAGAUCUCGCUCCGCCUCCACCGCCGCCGGACCAUCAGCUACGGAGACGGCGAAUACGAUGGGGCAAUACCCUCCGAGGAGCUCUCGGACGUGAAUGUGGAGCAGGAGGACAUUGACCUGAUGGCCAAGUUGUUUGACUACGCGGCACUCUCCAGUAAACAGGGGAUGGUGGUCUCUUCUACCACGGCGAGCUCGACUCCGCGAGACCGCCCCGAAGCCUCCGAUUCGGCUGUGAACUUUGUCCCGCAAACUAUUGCACCCGCAUCCCAAGACUUGGCCGCUAUGGAGACACGGGAUAUCAAUUUAGAACCACUGGCGGUGCCUGAAGAACUCGACUGGCCCAACGGGUACUUUGACACCUCGGCAGAUAUGACAAACGAUUGGUCGUUCCUUGGCCAGCGAUGGUCGACGCAUUUCUCAGAGUGA